CCUACCUCUGUACUCAUUCAACCUCCCAAUCGCUCAGCCGCCUUAACUUAUUCACGUGUUUUGUGGAGUACGAAGAAAACACAGACAGAAGCAGAGAGAUAGCCAUGAUUAUGCAACGCGGCAGGAAACUCGCGGCGCUUCUGCUGCUGGCGAUAUGCGCGUGUGCUGCAGCUGAAGAGUGGUCGUGGGGCCCUGAUACCGACGAGGCAGCACCUGACCCUACCCCUGCCGCCAGACAGACCCCUGUUCUGAAGCAGCAGGAGGAGCAGCAAGCCGCCGCCGCCCCUCAGGAAGCAACCAAAGACGGGGAGGAUCGCCAAGCCAGGUUCCUCGGCCUUGGGCUCGGGAAGAAGCUGUGUUCUCUGGGCAUUGGUGAUUGUGCCCAGAAGAGGCCAUACAAGGGCAGUGGCGGCACCGACAGCAGCUACACCAGCUACACCCAUGAGUCGCACCACCAGACAGCCUCACACACCAGCCAGCACCACCUCAGCACCAGCAGCCACACCAGCUACACCAGCGGCUCGCGUCACCCCGCCCCUCACCACACGCCACAGCUGCCGCCACACAAGCAGGUGGUGCACAAACACACACACACCCACCUGCACCACGGCACUGCUGGCGUGCCGCCCCGCCCCGUACAUCACGUGCCUCACACUGACAAUUUCAAGCCUCUGCCGCUUCCACCACACCAGGGUGGCUUCAAGCCACUUCCCCUCCCCACUCCCCAUGGAGCCCCCAAGCCCUUCCCCGUGCCUCACGGCGGCGUAGAGCUGGAGGGUGUCGUACCCGAGGGUCACCACGGCCAUAGCCACGGCCCACAGUACAAAGAAGACUGUGUCUGUGUCCACGCCUCCUUCUGCGCUGACUACGACGUGGUGGGUCGUGAGCAGCCCGGCGACAUUGUCCACCUGAUCGACCCUCGCACCCGCAGCUCCACCAUUCUGUCCAACGACACGCUGGCUGAGGAUGGAGAGCCCUCCAAGACCACCACCACCACCACCACCACCACCACCACUGCUGCCCCGGAGGCUGAGUCCCGCGUCAGGAGAGAUCUGCUGGCCACCACCAACAGCACCGCCGCCUUGGCUGAGGGGCGUGCCCUCAGCUACCGGCCCGGCGUCACAGGCUGCGGCGCCGCCUACGUCUGCUGCCGCAACCCUCAGUUCGAUAGGCCGCCCCACAACAGCUACACCUGCGGCCGCGGCAACCCUAAUGGCGUGCUGGCCAGGGUCAAGACACCAGACUACGUGCAGGGCACAGCACACUUCGGGGAGUUCCCGUGGCACGCCGCCGUGCUGAAGGAUAACGAGCAGUACGUGUGUGGCGCCGUGCUGGUGGACGCCCGCCACGUGCUGACCGCCGCCCACUGCGUGGCAGGGUUGGACGCCUACGCCGUCAGAAUCCGCCUGGGUGACUGGGACGUCUCUUCCACCUAUGAGUUCUACAGCCACGUGAACGUGCCCGUGCAGUGGAUCGUGGUGCAUCCUGAAUACUACAGCGGCGACCUUAGCAACGACCUGGCCGUCAUCAGGUUGCAGACAUAUGUCGACUUUGCCGCCAACCCACACAUAAGGCCCGUCUGCCUGCCGCCCCACCAUUCUGACUUCGUGGGCCACCGCUGCGUGUCCACGGGCUGGGGCAAGGACGCCUUCGACAACCACGGCAAGUUCCAGAGUCUCCUACGCAAGGUGGAGCUGCCCGUGGUGGACCGCGCCACGUGCCAGGCCGCGCUGGCCUACGAGCGUCUGGGCAGCGCCUUCAGGCUGUCCCCGGGGGCGCUGUGUGCCGGGGGCGAGGAGGGCCGCGACACUUGCCAAGGGGACGGCGGCGGCGCCCUGGUGUGUAAGGACUAUGACGGCGCCUUCCAGCUGGCCGGCCUUGUAUCCUGGGGCCUAGGGUGCGGGCGUGCGGGCGUGCCAGGAGUGUACGUGGACGUUGCUCACUAUGCCCACUGGAUCCACGAGAUCACCGAGGCACACUAACUCCCCCUCACCCCCUACUCCCACCCCUACCCAGCCAGGCGUGCCCUGGUGACAUUGUAAGCAUACAUUAUGCAGCUUUCCUGUGUGUGACGCGUCUUGUGAAGCUUGACUAGCUGUCUGCCAUAUGUAUUGUUGUUGUCCUAUACUAUUUAAUUUAAUACAGCGUUACGUCA